CUCAGCACUUUGGAGACAGUCUCUGAGACACUAGUCCGCUGUCUUCCUGGUGCUGGCCUCCCUGAAAUAAACUACUUUCUCAUUUCACCAGCCAUCAUUUGUCUGCCUUUGGACUUUGUCAGCGGCAAUGGGUCGAACCUGGUCUGUUUGGGACCCCGGAGCCAGGUGCUCCUGCAUUCCUGCUUCCUGGCUUCCAGAGGACGGGGCUGGUCCUGCAGUUGAGGGGGGUCCUGAUGUAACACUAGUGGUUAUGUCUUGGCUCUUUCUCACAAGUUUGUCUGGACAUUACUUCCAUCCUCUGUCAAAGGGGAGGCCAAUUUAUGUAUCACUGCAGUUAGGGUUUUUGUCUUUAAAGAGUGUCGGUGUAUCCAGUGACCCCCAGGUUCAUGUCUGUGUCCCACCGGGCACUGCCGAUAGAGGUAUAUAGGACAGCUGUAUUAAAUACUUUCAGCCUGGAAGCAAAAAUGUGAGGGCCGUCUUUCCCCGUGGCUUAAGAUCUCUGCAGAAAAGUUGGGGCCAUCUUUCCUCCAUGUCUUAAUGUCUCUGCCCACAUGGCUAUGCUUAGUUCAUCUGAAUACGCACGCAGGCCAUGAGGUUUGAUCCUUACUGAAACAUGUUAUUUUUAUCACAGAAAAGCAUCACCUAACAGCACAGCAUCUGAUGAACACAUUCAAGCUUCAUUUCCUUAUUCAGCCAGAAUGUAGAGCACACGCCCUGUGCUAAGCACUAUGUGAGGCCUGGGGAUCCAGAGACGGCUGGAUCCCAUAAUGCAAAACCUCUUCCACAGAGCCUGGCACAAGAAAGCCAAGCUUGGCCCUGCUGGUAACAAAGUAAUCAGUCCUUCAGAAGACAGGAGACCACCUUCCAACAACCUGGACAGAGUGAAACUCACCGACUUCAAUUUCCUCAUGGUGCUGGGGAAAGGGAGUUUUGGAAAGGUGAUGCUUGCUGACCGGAAGGGCACAGAGGAACUGUAUGCUAUCAAAAUCCUGAAGAAGGAUGUGGUGAUUCAAGAUGACGACGUGGAGUGCACCAUGGUGGAGAAGCGAGUCCUGGCCCUGUUGGACAAGCCCCCGUUCCUAACACAGCUACACUCCUGCUUCCAGACAGUGGACCGGCUGUAUUUCGUAAUGGAAUACGUCAAUGGCGGGGACCUCAUGUACCACAUUCAGCAAGUAGGAAAAUUUAAGGAACCACAAGCAGUAUUUUAUGCAGCAGAGAUUUCCAUUGGAUUGUUCUUUCUUCAUAAAAGAGGAAUCAUUUACAGGGAUCUGAAGUUAGAUAAUGUCAUGCUGGAUUCGGAAGGGCAUAUCAAGAUUGCCGAUUUUGGGAUGUGCAAGGAACACAUGAUGGAUGGAGUCACAACCAGGACCUUCUGUGGGACGCCAGAUUACAUCGCCCCAGAGAUAAUCGCAUAUCAGCCAUAUGGAAAAUCCGUGGACUGGUGGGCCUAUGGCGUCCUAUUAUAUGAAAUGCUAGCCGGGCAGCCUCCCUUUGAUGGCGAAGAUGAAGACGAGCUGUUUCAGUCCAUAAUGGAGCAUAACGUUUCUUAUCCCAAAUCCUUGUCCAAGGAGGCCGUUUCCAUCUGCAAAGGACUGAUGACCAAACACCCAGGCAAGCGGCUGGGUUGCGGGCCGGAGGGGGAGAGAGACGUGCGGGAACAUGCCUUCUUCCGAAGGAUCGACUGGGAGAAGCUGGAGAACAGGGAGAUCCAGCCGCCCUUCAAGCCCAAAGUGACUUUCUGUACCAAAAUGCACUGGCUGCAGUGGGCAUCCAGGCCUUCGUGUGGCAAAGGUGCAGAAAACUUUGACAAGUUCUUCACACGAGGGCAGCCUGUCUUAACACCACCUGAUCAGCUGGUCAUUGCUAACAUAGACCAGUCUGAUUUCGAGGGGUUCUCGUAUGUCAACCCCCAAUUUGUGCACCCCAUCUUGCAGAGCGCAGUAUGAAAGUCACCACUGAGAACCAACGCCUCCCCAGCCCCCAGCCCCCCAACAGUGGGAAGGGAUCCUUAACCCUAAAAUUUUAAGGCCAUGGCCUUUUCUCUUGUUCCAGAUCGGGGGGCCUGAAAAUUUUAGGGUUAUUAGUCCAAAUGUGAGUAACUGUUUAGGGUCUCUCUCUUACAACCAAGAACAUUAUCUUAGUGGAAGAUGGUAUAAUGUACAGUGUCCAGUUUAAUUAUGUAGAAGUCAUAUCUGCCUGUAGGUUAACCCUUCCUAGAAAGCAAACAAACUCUCCCCCUUUUUUGGUACGAUUUAAUAUAUUUUCCUUAUCCCUCUGUCAAUUUCCACCAUUGGGAUCCCCCAACCAGAGAUGUUAAAAUGAACCUGACCCGGGGCCAGUGACUCUCCCCGUGAGACAUCUUUGGAACAAAAGAACGGGGAGCCCAGUAUGUGAGCCAGGUGGGGGGUGGGGGAGGCUUUGAAAUACCCGCUGCUUCUGUUCUCUGCCUCAGUGGAAACAGUCCCUAGAAUUCAAGAGGCCGAGAUGAAUCAUGUCCCCACCAGUGAGUCAUUUGCAAGCUCACUGUUACCAGACGUUGACAGUCUUAAACCAGUCACGGUCCAGUGAUUACUGGUCUUCAAAAAGAGAGUGAACCUCAGAUGAACGUUGGGUGAACCUGUCAACUCUCCUAUUUGGUUGAUAAUUAUCUUAAUACUUGCAUUUCUUUUUAAGAGGCCAAAUCUUCUAAGGACUUUGCUAAAUGAGCAUGUGAAAUCAUUUCAGAUCAAGGAUAAACCAGUGUGUAUGUAUGUUCAUUUUAAUCUCUGGGAGAUUAUUCUGUGAUCCAGGGUGCCAUCAGCAAUCAUGCCACUACUCACGAGUGUUGUUAGCCAACCCCCACCCUCCAACCAAUAUUUUGCUACCUACUUCCUCAGAAGCUGAAGUGUACGCCCCAUCCCCUUUUGUACUUAUUUAUUUACUAGGCUGCGGUGUUGUUCAUGAGAGUACGGUGUACAGUAACUUAGCAGAGUGUUAACUAUAGCAUAAGUCUCCAUUGAUCGAUUUUCCUCCCAUGUCCAGCCCUUGACAUCCGCUAAGAGAUGAAAACCAAUACAGUUUGGGUCCCCAUUUCCAGUUCAUGUUGAAUGACACACCUGAAGCUGUAGAAUCAGGAAAACCUGGAUGCACAUCAGCUCAAAGAUGUUUUAUUGCUAGAAGGAUUUUAAUAUGUUUUGCAAAUGCAUCAUGCAAUGAAUUUUGCAUGUUUAUAAUAAACCUUAAUAACAAGUGAAUCUAUAUUAUUGAUAUAAUCGUAUCAAGUAUAAAGAGAGUAUUAUAAUAAUUUUAUAAGACACAAUUGUGCUAUAUUUGUGAAGGCUCUUGUUUCUAAUCUGCUUUUAUGAUUAAGCUUUCGCUUAAUUCCUUGCUGCGUGCUUCCUCUCCCCUCACCCCCACCCCCCGGGUACCCUGCACAUUGGCACUGUAUCGGAUAUAUUAAUUUUUUUAUCGUAGAUCUAAUUUUGAAAUGAAUGGCUAUUUUACAUGAUCAGUUAGGCUUAUAUAUAUAUAAAUAUAUAUAUAAAUAUUUGAUUCUACCUGCAAACAAAAGUUUUUGUUUUCGGGGAUUAUUUCCGAGAUGACACUCACUCUCUCCUAGCUCCUCAGCACUAUUUUCCACUCCUGUGCCACUCUUCCUCUUGGGGACAGCAGGAAGUGUUUGACUCCAGUCUACCUAGUAUGUUUGUGUAGGUGUGAUGUUGUCACAGCCCCUGGGCUGGACUUUGGUUUUUCCUUUUCAGCCUUGUUACUGUUAGUGACUCGGGGUGGGAGGGGCAGGAAGACGCCCUUCCUGCUAUGUGUGUGCGAACACACCAGAAGCACACUGUCCACCUUGCUGCCCCCGGAACGACUCGCCCUUUGCUCCAGCACAUACAGACUUCGUGAGACAACCGUCCAGUCCAGCAGCCCCCCUGGGCACAGCCAUCCCCUGGCACUAUCCACAGACUCUUUAGAAGCUGCAGAUCUUCUUCCACCUGUUGCUAGAACCAGCCUUUCCAGUCUUGUGAGGAGCGCCUCCAUGGUGAAACACAGUGCUGACGCAAGUUCCUCGAUGAAGCCAGCCUCCUACGAUAGAAAAAACACCCAACAUGGAAGCAGUUAUCAGGUCUUAUGGGGCCGCUCUAUUUCCCCUUGUGCCCCAAAUGCGUCUCCCAGCUACGCGCCUCCUCAUUUUUACUUUCUGGCUGUUUGCCUGAAAUUCAUGUAACACACAAUCACAGAAGGGUCUUUGAGUUUGAGAGGCCUGGUCCGCCCUGGGAACCCUUGAUUAGGGGAAGAGAUGGGGUAGGCAGUGGGUCAGCCCCAAAAAGAGCAACUUCCUCUGCAUUCUUUUAUGGGCUGCAGAUGUCAGAACCCAGAAAGGGCCCCAGCACACCCAGGGCCACAGUCCUGCUGGUCAGUAGAAAAGGGACCAGUUUAUGGAAUUAGCCUAAGAAACAAAACAGACGGUCACCCUGCCCCUGGAUGGAGCAGCAGCAGGAUGGAAACACCCCCCACCCCAGCCCAGCCCGCAGCAAGCCCCAGGCAGUGAGGAAAGCCUCAGAAAAGAACACAUGGGGGGUUCCGGACCGUUGGUUCCCGAGCCCCAUGCCACCUGCUUGUUUCUGAGCCAGCCACAGUCUCAGGCUUUCCCUCACCCAGCCAACACAUUUCCAAAUUAUUCAUAAUUCUCCAGGAAACAUAUUCAGCAUCUCAGCUGGCUUGUGUUCUUUCAGAAUGUGUGGCAGAGUUUUAAAAGAAAAUCUCUUGGCUGUGGGGCCCUGCGCUCAGCCUGAGGGACAGAAGGCUUGAGGCCAAACUUGGGGGGAAGACAGUAAACCUCAGGACCUGCUGAAGUAUCACCGUGAUGUGCCCUGUUUGGUGCAUGGCUUUGUACCAGAUUCAGAUAAAGGCUAAUGUUGUCAAGGUCUGAGCAGCCCAGGAUGGUUAUUUCUGAAAGAAUAAACGGUGUAGGUGACCAAGACCAACUGUUAGGCCAGCUUACAAAAGCAGCGAUCUAUACAGUUCUCUGGUGCAGUCCCACUUCGUGGGCAUUGUGUGAAAACCACAGGGAAGCUGUCAGCUGGAAUGAGGAGAACACCUGAACUCUUGAAGUUCAGCCCCCAAGUGCUGCCCAUAUCACUGGGGCCUGUGGAGGUCCAGGGCCCAGGCAGCAUCUAGCACAGUCUGCUUCUCUGCCAGACUCUAUGGCCCGAGACUCUGAAGGGCCAUUCACGUUGGCUUGCAUUCUUUUCUCUUGGACGGUGGGGGCUACUCAGCAGCAGAACUUGGCUCUGAGGCUGCAGGCCAAUGGGUUGGCAGCCCCUCUCUUGGCAUCUUGUCUAAAGAGGCUAGAUGCUCAGUUUCGAUGGAAGUAUCUAGAGUGCGCAGCCAGGUAUAGCCCUCAGAGGUUAAUGGGCAGUUCACUAAAGGCAGGAACUAAUUCAAAAGGCAGUGGUUGCUUUUCACACCUGCUUCUCUUUGAUCCCCACGACCUGGUGCCAGUGAAUGCAGAGUCUCCGUCUGUUUUGUCUUAUGAGAUGUGUCAGGCUUUCUUAUGAGGAAUGUUGGCCGAAAAUCAGAGCGUUUAGGGCACUUUGGAAACUUGACCUGAGAUGGUCAGUUGAAAGGUGAUGAAAGAACACAGUUGAGACAACCAGCCAAGGGUUGUGGAGCACCUCUCUGAGCUGCAGUCCUCAGCAGAGUGAGCUGACGAGCUGACGUACUUGCUGGAACGAGGGUGUAGACCCAAGAGAGCUACCCGUUGGUGUUCAGAGAGGGGAGAGGUCGGUGGAGGCUGAGGUCUAUAAGGCGUUUAAAGAAGAGCAGGGAUUGAGUGUAUCCAGAAGGAUGCUUGCAGGAGGAAGAAGGUAGGAGGGUGUGGAAGGAAGGAGAGGGCACCUCGGGAAGGAAGCUACUGCCACUUCCAGUGGCUUUGCGUCGUUGAUUGUUGGUGCAUUUGAUAUCCACCUCCUGCUGGUCCCUGAGAGCAAGUUUGUUGCCAGGAACACAGUCUAGACCUCCUCAAAAAGCAUCCCGUGAAGGCCAACUGCAUCCUCAGCGGCCACUGGAAGCCCCCCUGCCCCUGCCUGCCUUGAGGUGGCUCACAGUUCUCUGGGCAGAGCCAAACCAUCCAGCGUGCACCGGAAGCCAGUAGGUUCCCACCCGCCUUCCUCUGUGGCUUCCUGCUGGGAACGAUGGCGGCCGGGGACAGAUGGAGAAGUGGCGGAAGGAACUAACACUCCAGUCCCCACCUGAUUGCCCUUAGUGGGAGAAAUCUGGGUUUUUGCAGGGAUUCAUUUUCUCAGGACUGAAGAGGGAGAGAAAGUGAGAGUCUGAUAUUUUUAAUGCCUCAGAAAGGCAACACCAACUGACAGUCACUUUCUCACUCUGGUCUUACGAAGUCACCUAUUUCUUGUGUGUGCAUAUCACACCAUUUCCUGUCUCUUUAAGUCCAGCAAGGGCAGGAGUGCCUGGUCCCCCACUGAGCACACUAGUCAUCAUCAGGAAGGAGACGCUGACCUGGGGACCCAAAGGAUGAUGGUCGUUAAGAGAGGAGCAGCGAGGCCAAGACAGUUAGUUCCAGUGAAGGAAAAGGGCACUCUGGUUCUUACCACACGCUAAAGUGACAAGUGGGAAACUGUUUUUUAAAACCUUUUCCUUGAGUUGCUUGGAUUACAUCUUAUGGAAUAUACCAGACUGUAAACAUGUCUGUCAUUUCCCAUUUGGGCCGAUGAGACAAAAUCUAGGGAAUGCUGUAUAUUUCUGCUUCGGAAGAUACAGGAACUUGGGGAAGGUUACCUGAGUUAUAGUGAGUGAAGGCAUCUAGAAAUGGUGUCAACCACAAUCCUGUUCAUUUUCUAAUGUCAGGGACUCUGGGAGGGUUAAAAUCAUGUAUGACUAGGACCCCUGUGCUUCUGAUCUGCAUGAUCAGGUGUCAGUUGAUAAUUGUGUAGGUCAAACUCAGUCAUCAAACAGCCUUACAAUGACCCUACACUAAGGCCCAUAAGUUCCAAAGACCUUUUUUUAAACCUUAAGGAAGAAAUUAGUUAAUUCCAAUAGAACAACAGUAUACUGGGCUAUUUGUACUUUUUUAUAGAGAACUUUAAUAACUCAAUUCUUUUUUUAAAAUAAAUCUACUGACAAUUUGAUAAGAUUCCAAUCCCAUGGAGCCUGUAGGAGAACUCAGCUGGGGUCAGCUAGAGCGCCCCUGACCUGCACUCCCACUGCAGGAUUUCCUGAUGCCCGUGGUAUAUGAAGUCCACAUCAGAACAGCUGGAAAUUCAGGUGGAACGUGUUGGCAGACUGAUGCCCUCCAUGUUUUUGAGGCACACUGGGGACAACCAUCCAAGGUCUGGAAGCUUUUGGACCAUAGGAAAGAUAGCUUUAUUUUCCCCUUCCAGAUGCAGCCCUAGGAUAGCAUUCCCCUGGGGUCCCUGGGAUCCCUUUCCUUGCUCUGUGAGGUUCUGUGACCACCUUUUGGCUUGGGAGGCAUGGCACUUCCUCAGCUCUGUCUCCAGUCCCCACAGGUCCCCCAAGGCUCACACUCAGUGAAAAUUCAGAGGUGCCCUGUAAGGAUUUUGUCCAUUGGGCAAUUCAGAUAUGCUUCAAUAUCCCCAAGAAAGAAGAGGCAGCAGCAAACACUCCAAGGGCAUCUGUCUCCAAAUUCUCUCUUAUGUGAGUAGACAGAACCCUACUUUUCAGAAACUGUCAAGUCUAUAAGAACCUUUUUUUUUUUUCUAAAAUAAGACAAAAGGUGGCUUUGCAUUUUCUGAUUAAAUAACUGUGUCUUUGUCUCCUCUGCUUAACUUUAGGAGUAUUUAUUCCUGUGAUUGUUCAUAGAUUUUUGUUGAUAUUCUUCCUGGAAGAAUGGGGUUCUUAAGGGGAUCAGUGGACUAUUCAAAAUCAUCCAUGAAGGAAGUUAUUCUUUUGAGUCUAAAUGGUCUGAAAAUUCACCUCCUAUCCCUUCUAUCAGGGUCUUUCAGAAUAUCUUUUCUAGAUGGUCAGAGACAUUUGAAUUCAUUGCUUUUGCCCCAUGAAAGAGAGAGAGAGAGAGAGAAAGUGUGCGUGUGUGUGUGUGUGUGUGUGUGUGUGUGUGAAGGACAUGUCAUGUUUAAAUCAUUCAUUGGAAAACAUCGUAUAAGAUCCCAAAUCUGUACGGAGGAGGAAGAUGAAGAGAUGGAGGUUGAGGUUUUUCCUUCUGUAUAAUCACCUUCUGACAAAAUGUAGAGGCCAUUCAACUGUCCAGUAACAUUUGGUUUAAAGCAGGCAAGAUGGAUGUAUACAUUACUGCGCUGCUUUCCUCAAUUUGUAUAACCUCUGAUCUUUGUUUGCAUGAUAUGCUUUGUUAGAUACAUUAAUUGUAGUUUGGAAGCAAGUGUGUACGAAUAAACAUAAUGAUCAUC